CGCGCCUGCCCAAUUAGAGGCGUCUCCAGCGCGUCCUGGGCGGGAGCUCGGCCGCCGCGGGGGUGCGGCGCAGGCAGGCAGGCAGGCUGGGCGGAGGCGGGAGGGAGCCGAGAGGCGGAGGCAGCCGGCGAGAACCGAUGGGAGAUCAGCCCAGUAGGCCAGAAGUGCUGUAGGGAACAAUAUGAACUGGAUCCUUGUGCACUCUCGAUGACAGGAAGCGCUGUCUCCGGGACACAGGUGCUGCUGAGACACAGACACCUCACGGGUGAAAUCCAGUGUUGGGACCUGUGGUGUCAGGAGGCGUAAGAGUCCAUACCCAGCUGGACAUGGUCAACCUGGAAAACACCUCCAUUUGGGUAAAAAGAAGACACUGCACAAGAGAGUGGGGAACCUCCAAUUUCCAGUCCUAUUUACUACUUGCAAGGGAGGUAUCAUUCCAAAACUUUGUAGAAAAAAAAUAUUCUCUAGCUCAUUUUCCACUAAGAGCUCUGGUGUUUGGUUUGGAGGAAUUUGGUCUGGAAUUAUUAUCUGUCAAAUACUGGCUUCUAAGAAAUAAAAUAAAAUUAAAAAAAAAAAAAGAAGAAGAAAGCUUUUUUCACUUAAUUUGGAUGCAGUGGGAUAAAAUACUCUAGAAAUACUAGCUAAAAGCAAAUUGACUUAGUGUCAAUUUGAGCACCUACCAAACUGUUAGAUUGUGUUACUAGAACAGGAACCUGCAACUCAGUGCACCACCUGUUUGUGCCAAAUCGAUAUUACAGAACUAUAUACUAAAAUAUAUAGUUUUUUAGAUUUUCUAAGGAAAAAGUUUUUUAAAUCAGUCAAAACUCUGCUUCAGAUUUGGCAAGAUACUUGCCUCUCAUUUGAAUAUGCUAACAAAAUAUCAGUAGGACAUGUCUGAUACCUUCUUAGAAUUAUGGAAAAGGAGUUUGCAGUUUUGAUUUACAGCCUUGUGGAGCUGGAAUUAAAAGCAAUGUAUUACUGCUCAGUUCAUGGGUAAAAUACCUUUAAACCUAUCAUUCAUAUUAAUUCAACACAAAUGUCUUUGGCAAUGGAGAAUGAGUCAGCACCAGAGUUGUUACUGUUUUUAACACUUCCAUAGAUAGGACUAGGAAAAUACAGUUAAGAAAAUCAUAGCUUCUCAAUUUCUGCAAAAGGACAUUUAAGAUUAAUGGGAAUUAUACAGCACUUUAAAAAUAUGAAACAAGUAGAGACAAAUCCCAGUUAAUAACUGCCAGUUGCCUUUUGUCACUGUCUAGUGACAAGGCUAGCUUACUGAGAUUCUUUAAUCACCUGUGUUUGUACUAAAAGAAACAACUACCUGUGUGUGGAAAAAUGGCUUGUUGAAACUUUCAUAUUUCUUCUUUUUUAAAGGGAAAUCCAGUGUAUUAUUUAACAUCCUGAAUUUACAAAUACAGAUAGUAUUCUAAACAGCUCAUCAACUUUUUAACAUAUUUAUGCUGUUUACAUGUUUAAAUGCUCUUGUAGGUCAGUUAUCUGUAGCAAAGACCUCCUAAACCUUGGUUAGUGGCUGGAAAAAGCUUAGAAUCCAAAUACACCUGCACUGUGGACUUGUUGUUCAUAAUCAAAUACAAAUCUUCCUGCUGGCCUUUAGAGGCACUGAAGUGAGGUACUAACAGCUUAUGAACUUGUUGCCCAAGUUAUCUUUCACAUACCACUGCUUGUACAUGUGUUGUAUUCCUCUUCCUUACUACUACAUAAGGUCUACAUGCCUCUGGAUAAGGCUGAGGGAAAAGCAAAUACUGACAUAUUUUAAGACCACCAUAAUUUUCAUAAAUUUUUGAGUAAGUGAAGGAGUAGACUGUGCAUGCUAGAUCCCUGAAUUAAUUUUGAAGAAACAAAGGAAACUUUGUGCAGAUAAUCCAUUGAAUAUUUUCUCUUGAGGGUUUACUGAGACAUGACCUUAGAAUUUGAGUCAGUAAGAUGUGUAAACAGACCAUGAUUAAGGAAAAAGAGAAGAGUCAGGACUCUUUUAGGGAAUCUGUUUCUGAAGGCUGUGGUACUACAAGUACACAUUACCCAAAGAACUGAAUUGGUCCAGUGCUCUUUACAAUCAUUUUCACUUAUGUACCUUGCUGUUGUUCUGUACUACGUUUACAUAGCUUCACAGUGAUCAGAGUCAUACAAUAUGUGUUGUUACUAAAUCUCUUGCUUAUUUUCUGUUGUUGCUGUCUUCUAAUAUGAUUGGCUAAGUAACUAAUCUCAAAGGAUCUUUUAUAUUAAAAAACCCAUAAUGAAAUACACAACACUCUUAGCAAAGGAUUACUGAAGGCAUGACAACUCUUUCUUUUCCGUUUUUCAACUCCAAGUCACUCUUUGUGAGAGGGAAAUGGUGUCAAUACUUCAAAAGUUGCCAUCUGAAUCACCUGUUUUCAUGUGUAGAGACAUAAUAAAUAAAUACUAAUGCAUAUGUACGGACAUAACUGGCACUUGUUCAUUUAGUCCCAGUCAAUUUGAGUAAUCUCAGUGAAACUUAUCAUCAAUUUAUAAUCAAUUUUGUAUUUUAAUUAUGUAAAUCAGGAGAAGUUAAGAAAACAUGUGACAAAGCUUACUCAAAUUUCAUUCUAGCCAGCUUUUGAAAACUACAGAGAUGACACAAAGUUUCCCUAAAAUCUGGGUUUAGGGCUUGACCUUUCAGAAUUUUUUAUGUCCAUCUUAUUUACUUAGCUUUUUUUGGUAUUUUACAAAACUAAUGGCAGUUAUUUGGAGUUGUGAACAUUAGUACAGUUACUUGAAGGAAUCACAAUCAUUAUCUGAUUCAGAUAUUGAAUAGAAAAAUGUACAGGUGGAACAGUUUUUCGAUAAUACAAAAUGAAACAGUUUGGAUCUCUGGAGGAAGGUUUGGAAAAAUCCAGGCAGAUUAGAAGUGGGAUUGUCAGGCUCGCAAUGUUGCAUCUAGCAUUUACAGUGAAUUUAUAGAGAAAAAUGCUGACUGCACAGUCCUGCUAUCAUUCAGUAUAUUUUAAAAGCUCUUGUAAUUUUUGCCUGUGGGAAUUCUGAUGAAGCAUUUAGGAGACAAGAUAGAACAGCUUAGUUAUAGUGCUUGAAAUGCUAGACUUAAAUUCUCUUCUGACUGUAACACAAAUUGGUCCCUAUGUGUUUUGUAGGAAAGGUUAAAACAUAUUGCCGUUUUUGAUAUAACAUGGGAACCACACUGCGGUACACAGUUAACUGAAUUUUAGCUUUUAUUUAAUUUAGGUUGUAAAGUUUAAAAGCUGUUCUUUUAUGUGAUGUGUAUGGAACAGUGAUGUUGUAUUUGGUCCCUAUCAGCUUGCUGGUCUUAUUAAUGCCUACACAUGUAUUUGAAUGCUAUUCUAACACUCAUAAUUUGUAGAAUCUUCAUUAUGGAUAAAAUUGCAGCAGUGCAACAAAUGCAAUUAAGAAGCCCCAGUAUUUUUGUCUUGUAAAAGCUCCAGUGAAUAAAACAAGUUCAAUCUCUAUCUUGCUCAUAGGAUCUCUCUAUCUUGCUUAGGAUGGUUAUUAUUAUUUUACAUGCUUUUUGUACAUGGAAUUCUGUUUCUGACUGGGGGUUUGGGAUGGUUCUAACACAUAUUAUAAUAUAUUGGGCACACUUAAUUAUCAUUAUAUCAGGAUUCAUCAAAAAUUUUAUGUCCUCUUUACAUUUGUAACCUUUAAACAUACUGAAUUAUGGAUGGUAUUCCAUACUUAAAUUUUGUAUAUUACACCAAAGAUUGUAGUUAUUAUUUUAUAUUAUUUUCUUCUGCAUGCUUUUAGUUUGUCUCUAGUUUAUCACUGAGAUAAAGGACUCUUAUUUUGUAAAAUUGAUUUGCUAUGGUGAAUUUCUCCUGCUGCUAUUUUAAUCUUUGUUGAUCUGGAUUUAUAGUGACCUCUCUUAGAGAAAUUGUUUUGUAUAACCUGUUUUUUUCUUAGGAUUUAAAUAAUUGCUUCAGCUGCAUCCUGAGUUUUUUUGGUCUGUUUUUCAUCUUCAGGAUUAUUUCUGUUUUACAUUAGUUGUGUUGCUAUUUUCUUGGUGACCUACUUGGCUAUCACAAUGUCCAGACUCAGUCUUUUUGGCUAUGCUCUUUUUUAGAAGGCUGUUUCUAGAAAUCUGCCUGUUUGAACAGCAUACAAAUAAAACAACAGUUCAAGUCUUCUUUCUGAUGAUGUGCAAAAUUUGCCACAGCAUCUGUUACUCUUGGUCUUUUUCCAUGUUGGCUUUAACCAUGAUAUUGGAGUGAAUAUAUAGGCAUGUUGUCUUUUCUGUCAGCAUUAAGCUAUUGGGUACUAUGAUUCCCACUUUAUUAAAAUUUCAGUUAUAAUGUCAGGCUGUGGCUUUUCUUGGACAGUAUUUCUGUAAAUAUGGCACUUGCUUACCAAGUAAAUCUAUUCUUUAUUAAUUGAGAGCCACACCUGCAAAAGGAAGCCAGUGGCAAAACAAAAUAAAUUCCUGCUAACCCCCUUCACGUCUCUGGAUUUAACAUCAAGGACUUAUUUAUAUGACUGGCAACAGUUAAAAAUGUAAUUAAGUGUAUUGCAAUGUAGCAUGGACUGAAAUUUCUAACCUUACUCAAAGUCGAAUGAUGCUAAAACAAACUCGUCACUAAAAAUGUCCCUUAGGAGUGAAACAGGACAAGCAACAGUAAACUCUUACCUGCUCUGCUGUUGAUUUGUCUGGUUUCAUAGCCUGUAGCCAAAAACCUAAGAGUGAAUCCUUUUUCCGUUACUAUAUCACUAACUUAUUUUUCAUUAUGGCCAGCAAUUGAAAGAUCAAAAUGUUUACAAACAGACCUCUGUACUGAUGUUGCAGAACCAGGUAGCAGUGGCCAUGUCACAAGCAGUGAGGGAGGUGACUCUUCAGCUCUCACUAGAUUUACAACAUGCAAGGCAGGACAUACAGUGAGAAAACAGACUGUAAAAGCAAACUACAGUAAGUAGUAAUUAAUAACAGUUAUAAAGGAGAAACAGUCAAGUCAUAAAUAAUUCCUUUUCUAUUCAAACGCCGUGGAAUUUGCCAUUAAAUACAGAUUUAAAGUGCUGCUGCAGCAAAAUUCACUUUUUUAAAAACUAUAGACAUAUGCAUAAACAUAAAAAUGUGGGUAAGGUCGAGAAACCAAGUACUAUAAAAUGUAUAAGUGCCAGAAUGAAAAAUACCUCUGCAAUCUUUAUUUGGCAUCCAAGUGCUUAUGUAUUAUGAUAUAGAAGCACAUAUUUAAAAUAUUGCCUAAUUCAUUACAGCUGACAGUGCACACUAUUUAAGUUAUUCUCUGAAUUAUUACCUUUCUCACAGGUUUUCCUGUGAGAUGUAUCAUUUGCACUAGAAAUCACCACAAAAAAAUAUUAAUUUAUUUUCCCAACACUCUUGUGAAAAAAUGGAGUAUUUAAUCUGUAUUUGAUUUGUAGAAGGCUGAAGUAUGGAGAGGUUAAGAUGGAAGGGAUCCAUUAAUUUCAUGUGUCUAGCUAAGAAGGCAGAAGCCUCAUUUUUCAAAUAAGAUAUUUUUAGCAAUUCAUAUGUCUAGAGCAGAGGUCCCUCUGACAACUGUCAAAAUCAGAGUGCUUAACACUUAAAAAAAUCAGACUAUGUGGUUAAAGUUUUCACUUCUUAUACCAGAACCAAUCUGAUGCAAAGCAGCUGGGAACAGCCAGGAAAGGGAAAAAAUUCCAAAACUCUGUUUAUGAGCUCAGUCAUUCACUUUAUAGAGAUAGUGCAGGAUCAGCCCACUCAUCACUACAAGCCUUGUAAAGCUUUAAUAUGUUCAGUGAGUACGGAACUUCUAAAAAUUUUGACUGUCAUCUCUCACAGAUCUCUGUGGGUACGUGUGGUUGGCACUUUAAAGCUUUAUAAUGUGGCCAUUUGAGAUGGUGUUUCACAGGGACAGUGACAAGUCCAUCCUUGAAAUAUCAAUGUCUUGCUCAGGUACAAAACCAUGAAACAAAGUAUGGAGGUCAGGAAGACAGGGGCAGAGUGAGAUGGGGCCAAAGUAUUGCCAAGAAAUAUUUGGGUUUAGUAUGUAGAAAACAACCUGUUUUUCCUUAUUUUCUUGCCACAAAUAACCAAAGUGUUAUUGCUAAGGUUUUCUAAAAGUUUCCAGGCUCAGCUAGAUUUUCAGUAUGGAAAUGUCAGCUUCAACAGCUGUUGUUGGGCAAGUUUAAAAUAACUGAUCCAACAACUUUUUCAGCAGUUCUGUGAAUUGACUUAAAGCAAAGAAUGACUCUAGAUUUGAUGAUGUCCCUGUUCAUUGCAGGGCAGUUUGGCUAGAUGGCCUUUGGGGGUCCCUUCCAACCCAAACUACUCUAUGAUUCUAUGGACAACUUCUACUGGAAAGUAUCGGCUAUGGUUAUCUCCACCAUUUGCCUUUCUAGUAAUUCUAAGGGCCUCUUUCUGCUCUAAAUUACGUUAGGACAGGUCUAAAAUAUUUUCAUUUUUGUAAAAUAAAUAACAUCAGUGCAAAAUGAUAUCAAAUAAUGAAAAUAAGUUACAUUAAAUAAUUUAUUUCAUUAAGAAACACGUAGUGCCUAACAAUUGUAGUCAAUACUGAACAGCUAAAAAUGAAGUAAUGAAGUAUGGCUCCUUUGCCUCAUUAAGUAUUUAGCAAGUAUUUCUAGGUCCAGUUGCUUCUCCAGACGUACUCUGGCAGUUUUUCUAGGAGAAAGCUGAGAUUUUUUUCCCCCCUUUCCUUCAAUUUUCUGCAUCCUAACAAUUAGAAAUCCCAGAUAAUCAAUUUAAUUUACCUAAAAUAUUUUUUAUUUUCCCAAAUCAUAUCAAUCUCUCAGCUAAUUUACCUGGAGAAAUGCAUGAUUUCUAUAUAUCUUUUAGAAUGAAAUCCACUCAUGUUCAUAAAAGAACAAUCUCAUGCUAAAGGACCAGAGAUCUGUUGCACUUUUGUUGUGUAAAUCAGGAAUUAUUUCAGUGCCAUAGAAGAAAAUACAUGACUCUAAACCUGGGGCAAAUGAACGGGUGAACUGAUUUAAAUGAAGUUAUACAUGGCAUUGACACUGUUAGGACAUUUUCUAUUCUAUUUUCACUUGUAAGUCAGAUAAGAUAAUACUGUGUAUGUCAAUAAAGAGAAGGAUGGAACUUUCAUGAAUUUGAACAAAAAAUUGUACAAAUUAUGGUAGAUUAAGCAUAUUUUCCCUCUUUUUUCCUUUUGCACACUAAACUAGGAAAUUAACUAUCUAUGAAUGUCUGGUCUCUACACAAAUUCCAUUGUCCAGAAAAUCUGUUGUGAUGAGGAAUUAUGUCAGGAUUCUGACUUUUGCCUUACUUCUGCUGUAGCAAAUACAACAGUGUCUUCGCAAGACUCUUAUCCUGUUUAUGUUGCCUUUAUUUUCUUACUAAUUUGGAAAUUAAAAGUAUCAGAUGACAUCUUGAACUUUGUACGUAUCUGGAGCUAAGUCAAAUCUUUCAUGCACAUACAUUGCAGUGGCGUUUCAUAGCAGCAGCUGCCUUAGUUUCCCUAUAUCCUUUAUUUUAGUUGUGACUUACUAGUUUCUCACAGAAAAAUCCUGUCUCCUUUCUUUGCCAGUAAACUUAUUAGUCAACUUCCAGUUUCAUGCAAACAUUAAUUUAUUUAAAAAUCAUGUUACUUUAAUAAUAUGAAAAGCGCACAGAAAAUAUAUUACAUUCCUGGGGAAUUAGUCAAUUCAUGAACUGAUAAAAAUAUUAGGCAUAUUUUGAAAUGUCUGGCAUUAUAAGUAUUGCUGGCCUCUGUCAAGACUUCUAUGAACUCUAAGGAGAGUUGUGUGGAGCCAUUGUAGUUUCUUUUUAUGAAGUAAUAUACAAGGACAAGAGGCCUUUGCUCCGCCUCUGUCUCACCCAUAUUCUUCUGAAAAUGUUUAAUUUUUUGAAAUAACAUAGUCACUUCAUGAAAUAUUGUUGGUAGAAUAUUGAGAAAUGACACAUGUUACUGUGUGGCAGUGGUGUCAAACUGAUUUUGACUGGGGACCACAUCAGCCUCGCCAAAUGUAAUUUUAGGACUGUAUAAAUGUAGUACUUACAUUUAUACAGUGAUAAAUUACAUUUGGCCCUUUGAAGGCAACUGUGAGGCUGAUGUGUCUCCUGGUGAAAAUGAGUUUGACACCCCUGCUGUAUAGCUUUAAAGAUAUAUAGGUAAAACUGUACAAUUUUAUAAAUAAAUUUUAUAGAAAAAAGAUUAACCUUUUGAAAGUAUCGAUCCCAAAUAAUCAGGAAUUAUGUACUAUAGAUAAUGCUUACAUACUAAUUAUAAUAGUUGAGUGCAGUUGUUGAAAAAUGUUUUUUUUAAAUCCUUUUACAGCAUGGCUGUGUGAAUUCUGGUUUUCCUUUGCAUGCUGCAUUUAGUAAAAUAGAAAGAGGAGCAGUAGUAAGGAGAAUAGUGAGACCUAACUGCUUUGCACCAGACUCUCUCGCGACAUUGGCUUAUGUACUUCUCAAUGAGAUCAUGUUCAGACAUAGUGGUCAUGUCCUUCCUUUCCCUGGUUUAUCCCAACACUGUGGGACAAAGCAACAAUAUAUUCUGCUUGAAUAAUUUUUAAAAUAUUGUUUUAUUUAAUCCUGUUGGCAGUCUUGUAUAUCAAAGUUUCUUUUUCAGUGGAGUUUUAAGGGCAUAAAAGGAGAAAAUGCGCCUUUUGAAACCCUUCAUUGAAGGAAGUAUGCAUUUUGAAUAAAAGAGAUCUAAAUAAACCCAUUAAGAAUGCUGAUCACAAAAUACCUCUGGUUUCUAUUGCAUUUUUCUCCUAUCCAUUUUAACAAAUUUCCUUUAGAAGUGCAAAAUAGGACUCAUAUUACUAAUAAUUUGGUUGCACUGUUGUAAGAGAAGAUUUGUAGUGUUUAUGUUAGUUUUAUACAUAAUUACAAGAACUACUUUCAUUGAAAUGGAAAGAUGUUGAAAUAUCCAGGUUUGCCAUGGCUGGGAAAUUUCUUGGAUAUGUACAUUUCAUGAAGUUUCAGCAGAAAUUAAUAUUAUGCCGGGUCUCUGGCAGGGUUUUCUGAUUACUUCUUGUGAUCACACAACUUCUGUUCUUGAAACUUAAAGAGCUGUUUCAACAGAAUUUUGUUUGGGACAAAAAUCCACUUGUUUUUCUUUUCAUUCUACAUCAAAAUGAAAGUAAUCUUGAAAGUUAUUGGUGAAUGGAAUUGUUUUCCAUAUAAUCUUAAUAACUAACUUUCCCAGCAGAGUUGCUAAGUAUGGUAUCUACUGAAGUUCAUCUUUAUUAAUGGAGGCAUGGCCUGCAAAUCCACUUCUGGUACACUCCCUGAGAUGUAGUUUAAUAACCAGCAUGCAUCAAAUGUCAGCUCUGCUAUUCCUCCUGGGAUUCCUCCAUCAAGAGAACACGUAUUCUGUCUGUGCUAUAUGAGCAGUUCCUAAAGCCAUCGUCCAAAUUCCUUGCCGAAGACCCACAGAGGAUUCAGAAAAACAAUGAAGUUAUUUUUUCAAACUACUGCAUAAGUAGUUUGAAAAUACAGUGCUUUCAUCAUCUUAAGUCAGUGAAAGACAAAAAUGCUAUUUCAACCAGAUGUUCCAUAUAAAUCUAUCUUGCUGCUCAGGAAAAGGAGUGUCACUGUUGUGUAGCAAUCAUGAAGGAGGCAAAGCUUGAUGGGGAAAAGACACUUCUCCAGGUUUCCAAACUCAGCAGUAUUCUGGUUCAUUUCUGAAAUACGCAUUGUUGAUUGGCCAUCCUCCUUUAAAUAACUUUCUUACAUAGUUAUUCUAAACAUGCAGACAAGGGCUUUAUAUAGAAAAUAGAACAUUUAGAAAAUAAAACAUUUAGAAAAUUUAGUUAUUUCCACACAAUGACAUGAUUGCCUCUCCAAAUAUACAUUGGGAAUUAAUUUCAAGGAUCAUAUGUUCAUAAUGGAUGCUUUUGCAUAAUAAAUUCAGUGUCCUUCAAAUAUGUUGUGGUUUAAGAAAUGUCAUGGGUUUAAUUAGAUGGCUUUAUUUAUGACUAGAAUAUACUGUCUAUCAUGGUGAGACACUGGAAGUACUGGUACUGAAUCUACAACUCUCCAGUUAAACUUCUACUGAAAAUACAUGGAAUUUACCCUCAACAACUGCAAAACUGGUACAAAUUUAGUAAAAUAUUAUAAUCUUGGUAUUCAUAACUUCAUCUUCUUUUCAAAAAGAAAAAAUGUACUCUCAUAUGAUCUGCACAGAAUAAAAAGACUUCAAGACGUUAAUUUAUGGAUAGAAAUUAAUAACCACUCUUUUAUUUUAGUAAAUGCAGGAAUUCAUCAAAACAGUUGCUUUUUUGAAAGUAAAAGCUCAGUCAUUUGGGGACUUUAUGUGUUUCUGUGACAGAUUUCCAGUUUAUAUUUCUAGCCUUGUUUUUAAAAUGAUAAUAUUUAUCCAAAUACAUGCAUACACCCUUCCCAUCCUUCCACACAUAUAUAUGUGUAUGUAUAGUGUACAUAUAACCAUGUUUUGAUACAUAUUCUCAAGUACAUAACAUUGUUUUGUGAACCACAUAAACUAUGAUAGUGAAAUACUGUAUCAUUCUUUGUCAUCAAUUUCUAAAAAUAUGUGACUAUAUUCAACUAAAAAAGUCCUUCCUUGUACCAUCAGAGAGCUGUAUUUCUUAAAUAUAAAUAAAAACAGUGAAGAAAUAAUGUAAGUUAAUUUGAUCUUUUUCUUAUAGGAGAAAAAGUCACAGAGCUAAGAGAUAAGGUUGGAAAACAUUGUUGAGGAAAGAGACUGGGGAGAGGAAAGGAAGAAGAAUGAGAAAUUUUAAUUCUAUAUGGUGUCAAGUUAAAAAAAAAUAUCUGGGCUGGGUUACAAGAAAUAAAAUGAGAGGAGGUUGAAAUAAUCUGUCCUGAGCUCAUUCUGUCAGUCAGAGAUAGGAAAUACUGCCUUCAGAAAUCUGAAUACAGUCGAUCCAUUGACUUGUCAGUCACAGGAGGAUAUCAGUACACUGAUUCCAAAGCCUGAUUUACACCACUGUAGGAGUUACUGAGUGAGGAUUAAAGAAAUAGGAGGCUUGCUUGGGAAUACAAUUUCUGAAGGAGGUUAAAUGAGAGAAAAAAAUUGAAUGAACAAAAUGGAAAAGAUGAACUAAAGAGAGAGAAUUAAGAGAAAAAAGGAAGAGAAAGAAUUAAUUGCUAUAGCAUCUUUUGAUGAUUUUCAUACAGACCAUCAUGUUUGCUAUUUUUCUGGGACAAAUUUUUGUUCAAAAUAUUUUUACUGGCUUUGUGUGGCAAGGUUUUUGUAGUGGAGGGCUACAGGGGUGGCUUCUGUGAGAAGCUGCUAGAAGCUUCCACCACAUCCAACACAGCCAAUACCAGCCAGCUGCAGAAGUGAUGGUGGUAGCACCUCUGGGAUAGCGUAUUUAAGAAGGGGGAAAAAAGCCUCGCACAACUCCAGCCGAAGAGAAAGAGAGAAACAGCUUUGCAGACACCAAGGUCAGCGGAGAAGGAGGGCAGGAGGCGCUCCAGGAGCUGGAGGAGAGAUUCUCCUGCAGCCCAUGGUGCAGACCAUGGUGAGGCCGGCUGUCCCCCUGCAGCCCAUGGAGGUCCAUGGUGAAGCAGAGAUCCACCUGCAUCCAUGGAGGAACUCAUGCAGAAGCAAGUGGGUGCCCAAAGGAGCCUGUGACCACAUGCGAAGCUCCUGCUGAAGCAGGGUCCUGGCAGUACCUGUGACCUUAUGGAGAGAAGAGCCCAGGCUGGAGCAGGUUUACUGACAGGACUCGUGAUCCUGUGGGGGACCCAGGCUGGAGCAGUGUGUUCCUGAGGGACUGUAGCCUGUGAAAGGGACCCACGCUGGAGCAGUUAGUGAAGAACUGCAGCCCAUGGGAAGAACUCAUGAUGGAGAAGUUCAUGGUGGACUGUCUCCUGUGAGAGGGACCCCAGUCUGGAGCAGGGAAGAGUGUGAGGAGUCCUCCUCUGAGGAGGAAGGAGCUGCAGAGACAACAUGUGAUGAAAUGACCACAACCCCCAUUCCCUGUCCCACUCUGCUGCUGGAAGGGGAAGAAGUAGAGAAAAUCAGGAGUAAAGUUAAGCCUGAGAAGAAGGGAUAGGUGUGGGGAAGGUGUUUUAAGAUUUGUUCUGUAUUUCUCAUUAUCUUACUCUGAUUUGAUUGGAAUAAAUUGAUUUCCCCAAGUUGAGUCUUUUACCCAUGACGUUAAUUGGUGAGCAAUCUCUCCCUGUCCUUAUCUCAACCCACAAGCAUUUAAUUGUAUUUUGUCUUCCUGGUCCAGCUGACAAGGGGAGUGAUAGAACAGUUUUGGUGGGCACGUGGUAUCCAGCCAGAGUCAACCCACCACAGUGAUCAGUUGAUGGCCAUGUGUAAAAGUGCUCGAAGCUCUAGUCCUUCCUUAGAUAACAGAAAGUGAUUGUGAUACCUGGGAGUCUGGCUCUAUGAGUAGCUACCAUGUUUGAAUAUUUAAUGGCAUGACCUGCUCUACCUAUUUUACUCCUCGUUUAAAGCAUUAUAGCAACAGACACAUAUUUUCAAGCUUGAAUGCUCACUUCGGUCCUAAAACUAGAAUUAAACCUGAAAGGGCAGUCUGUGUUGGUGCAGCCAACACUUCUGAGAAGCUUCUUUCAGACAAGAUGCUUCUUUCACUCUAUGUGUGGCUUUUGAGGAUUUAUACUUAAAAAUAUUGGCUUCAUUCCUCAGAAUAUUUCUGUGCCAUCUGUAAAUUUUCCACCCCACUGUUUUGCAUUGUUCAUCUGUUUAAACUGAGGAUUUUCUCACGGGUCCUGAACACAGUAUCUUAUCCUAGAAAGCUACAUGAAAAACUAUUUAUCUGUUGGUCUCAGGACCAUGCAAUUUCAAGGCAUUUAUUUCCCCACAAUCCCUGCAAGGUGUGGAGAUAACAGUUUUCUCCAUUUUCUGAGGCAGAGGUCUAAUACCAAAAGAUGCUUAAUGCAAAAGUCUCAGGUAGUGCCAGCUUCCACAGCUUUGCAGACACAGAAUCCUGCAAUUUCGGUACUGUGUGAUUUUCUGCCACUGAGGUGCUUCUGCCACUUUACACUGGUUGUCACUGCAUUCCUUGGGGACCUACACUGAAAAAUAUUUUCUGGCAGGAUUGCCAAACCAGACAUCUUCCCAGAUAUCUUCUUUUAGAUGACCAAUUUAAAGGAUGUUCUCAUACCAUUUCCGAUGAACGAUAAAGGCUUUUACAGCCCAUGUGGUAGUGGAUACACAUAUUCCCUCCAAAAAGCAACAGUUGGAGCACUCAUGUGAGGAGAAAAAAUACAUAUUCAAAUUUUCUUUUUAAUAUGUCAGAAUCUGAAGCAGUCUUCCCCUUUUAUGUGAGAACAUCUGAAGCACCACUCCCCAUGGCUCAUCUUUUGUAAAACAAAGGACCAUGUUAUGCCUUAAACAUCUGGUUUUUGCUACUUUGGGCUGAAAAGAUAGAAGGCUGUGGAGGCAGUCUGUCUUUUCCAAGGUUCUGUGAAAUGAAGGCAUAUAUUUUUGAGACAGAGACAAUUAACAGUGUUGCUGUCAAGGUCUCCUGCUCUGAUUGGGAAGAUCAAAGAUGGACCACCUGGUGGACAAUCAACUACUAGGAGAAACCACAAAACAACAGCUACCCCUAAUGAACAAAACAACUCACUUCUCGUCAGUACUGCAACCAUUUAUUGACCAUUGACCUAUUUCCUAUUUCUAGAAAAAUCUUCUUAAUUAGCAUGAAGAGCAAGCAGAGGGAGGAGACAAGCUGUCCUCUCCUAUCUCUCAUGCAAAUGGACUGGGUUAUAAAACUUCUUCACGUGAGAAACUUAGGUCAUCAGUCUGUCUGUCGAUCUGUCUCUCUGUUUUGUGUUUUUGUGUGUGUGCAUGUGUGUGUGUGUGCUGCAAGGCAUUAACCAAGUUUGGCACCCACCAUCAAGAACAAUGAAGUGGUGAGAUCUUACCUUUUUUCUGAUAUAUUAACCUAUCUCUCUCCUUUUUUUCUCUCUCUCACUUUCUCUCUGUUUAAUUUAUUCUGGGCACAUAAGGGUAGUAUCUUGUGAGUUUUGUUGUUAAAGUCUUGCUAAGUUUUAUGAUAUAGUUACAAACUUUUGCCAAGUCACUCUUUUGCUGUAAUUUGUAAUUCAGCUGAGUGCUUUUAGUAAAUUCAUGAUUGAAUUGGACCUCUCAGGUGAUUGUCUAUUGUCACUUUGUGUUACUGCACAGAGUACUCAGAGUUAACUCAUCCCUAGUCUCACUUGGUAGGGUGAGCCAACACCUUAAUCAAUAGAAUACAGGGAAGAGAAAAAAACUUUUUUUUUUUUAUUUUUAUAACAUAAAGUAAUUAUUUGCUGGUACACAGGGAAAAAAUGACACAGUAGUUUUAAACUGGGAUAUAGAAUAGUCAGACUUAGUUCACAGUUUCAAGGUAUUUUAUAUUUUGCAUCAACUUUGAAAAGUAAGACCUUCAGCUGUAGUGUUGAGCAAAAUGGAACAAUCUACUAAAAUCGGUUUAUGUAAGCAGAGGAUAAAAUCCACAAAUUUUUAAAAAUCACAUAUUUUAAAAAUCACAGUGGGCAGGUAUUAAAUAUUGACAGAUAUUGACAUACAUACAUACAUAUAUAUAUAUAUAUAUAUAUAUAUAUAUAUAUGUAUCAAAACAGAGAAAGAAUCAUUUCAGCCUUUAGGCUAAUGACAACCUAUCCUAAGGAUAAUUAACAUAGUGACUUCUGGUAUUUUUGGCAGAAUUAAAUGGCAACAGGAUAGCCCUAAUCUGUUACCAAAGCAAGAAAGAAAAUGUUUAAUGUUCUGUGACUCAUCUUACAUUUUCCAUAGAUGUUUUUUCCAUCAUACCUCUCUUGAUAGGCCAUGAAAACUUAAUGAUGGGUCUUCAACAUUUGUCUGUGCACUACACCACGGCCAGGAUAUAUGUGGACCAGUGGAAGGCUAUCCAUAUCACCGCUAGAGCUCAUUUCCCCUGCACUUAGACAUAUGUUUUCUUGAUGUGAACCAAAAGAAAUAAAGCAUUACUAACAACAUGCAGGAGUAUCCAAGACUAUAGGGUUAUAAUCAAUAAAGAAGGCACUGAAUCAUAAAAUUAUAGAAUAGUUCAGGUUGGAAGGGACCUUUAAAGGUCAUCUAGUCCAACCCCCCUCCAACGAGCAGGGACGUCUUCAACUAGAUCAGGUUGCUCAGAGCCCCGUUCAUGAUGAGCUCUGUCAAAGGUGGGGGGGUGGAUGGAUGCUAAGCUCUCUGUACAGCUCCACAGGUGAUGGAAGAGGGAUGCCCAUUUGGGAGGAGGUAUUCCCAUGAGACUGCUCCUCCUGCACUGCCCAUGCAGCAUUCUUUCCUUGACUUCACACCAUGAUCACAGGGAGGGAGCAAAGGAGAUGUUACUUCCUGGGGCUCUGUAAAGUGACCCAAAUCAGGGCAAACAUAAUCAAAAUGAAGUUUUAAAGAGUGUUUGUGUGUAACAGUAGAAAGGAUAAUCAGGACUUCGUUCAAAAAUCAACACUUUAGUUUAAGAUGAGUAAAAUAGGUUUAAAAAUCAACACUGUGACAUCUACAAUUCUUGUUAAAAUUUGUUUUUAUGCUGAAUUACACGAGGUUCUAGGCUAUACCAUGAACACUAGACACCAAAAACCCUAACAAAAAACCCAAGAAAACAAACAAACAAACAAACCAACCAACCAACCUACCACAGAAAUGAAAGUUAAGGGACUGCACAGGUCUGGACAGACAGCAAAGAACUGCAAAUAAAACCCCAAAGUCUGGAUUCCUGCUUGUAAUCUUAACAAUUGUGAAGACAUAGUGAGUUUACAAGCAAGAACAGCAUGAAAAAGGGCAGAUUUUUGAUCUCAUUCUUUGGAAACUAAGUAUAUUUUAUUUGGUACUGAAACUAUCAGCAGCAAAAACCGUUAGAUAUAAAUGUUGUUAUGUGACUAAGCAAGAGAUUUGAGAUAUCAUUGUUGUCAGGACUUCGAAGAACAAGAGUUUACUCUCACUAUAAAAAGAAAAAUGUAACCUGAAUUGUUGCAAUACAACUGUCUGAACAUUUUUGCGUGGUGUGUUAUCUGGAAAUGAUAGAAAAGUUAUGGGAGCUAAACAGUAAAUAAUUGCUCCGGACAUACUGAUUUUCGUGUCACGUAGUCUGUCUAUUGUUAAACUUUCAGGAAAUAUUAGCCUUGUUAUGCUAGGCAUAGAUACCACCAGACAACCAGAGCAGUUACGAAUAUGCCAAUUUUUAGCUGUAUGAAACUGUUCUAUGAAAAAAUGAAACUUUAAUUCAAUAAAUGCAUAAUUUAAGCAUGAAUUAACAAUGUUUAAUGCUGUUAUUUGGACAAAGUGGGAACAAUUACAAAUUGGUCACAGUAAAAAUGUUGUCAAUCAUGAAAAAUAGAGGGACAUUCAUAAACAAACUGUUGCAGAAAUGUGAUUUAAAGACAUGUACAAAGAAAGACCAAUGACAUCUAGAUCAAGAUAUGUGCAUGACAGUGAUACUUGUCUAGACAUUAAGACCCUUAAAUUUAGAUUUUUAUAUUUAAAUGCAUACAGAUAUGUCUAUGGCCCCAUUAUAGUCAGUAGAAAUUUAAUCUGAGUUGGAGUCUGAAGGGCAGUUUGGUUCACCUUAGAGCAGACAUGAAGGCUAUGACCUUAUUAGCAAAUAAAAGAGUUCCACAGCUUAGAUGCCUAUAACACUUUGUUUUAGGCAUCUUAAUCUCAUACUCAUUGCAGUCACACAUCAAAAACCUUCACAUGGUGGCUGUAAGUGCUUCAUUUCAGAAAGUCAUCCUGACUGUUUCCUUGGUGCUCAGAGUUUUUUUUUCUGCACUUCCCCAGUAUAAGGAGCUCAGUGCUUGGCUUCCACCUUUGCUAUUGUAGAAUCCAAACACUAUCCAAAACAGCUGUUAAGACUUCAGAGGGAUCCAGUCUGAAAACAUUGCUUGAGAUAUGCCUAGCUUCACAAAAAGAUCUGAGAUCCUUCAAAUUCAAUCAGAGCUCUACUUUCUAAAACAUAGCUAAUAGAAAAGAUAAUAAUGAUGAUUCUGUUAUCAAGAAAUAAUUUAGUCACACCAUAACUAUUACUUCAUGAUCAAGGCACUCACAGAAAGAACAAAUUUCUUAAAGAAGUUCUUUGCUCAAGCGAUUACAAGUUUUAUUUUAAGUGGUCUCUCUUUGGGGAUCAUUUCCAACAAAUUUAAUAUGAACAUCCUUUUUCUCCUCAGCUUUGUGGGAAAUUUGUGUAAAAAGCUCAAUGUGAAAACUCACAGAAAAUCAUUUUAAACAAGACUGAUUUCAGUCAGCUCUAGGUUUUCACUCACUCUUACCCACAUACUCACAAGCACAGAAACAUGUGUGUCCAAAUGAUCAUCUCUGUGUUAUAUGGAUGAAAAAGUAUACUGGUUGUCGAUUCUUUACUAUGUCUCUUAGCUUCCUCUUCACUGGCAAUAACAAAAGGGUCUUUGGGCUGCUCUUCAAUACCAUUUAAAAAUCAAACAUUAUUUUAGGGUGAUUCUUCUGUUUCAGCAUUUAAUUUCACUUUCCAUGAAUCUUAGAUCAUGUGUUGCCCAUUGUAUUUGUUUCCUCAUUUGAGGUAUCUUUAAAGUUACAAUCUGCGAUCCUGUUAAGAGGAAAACGAAUGAUACAUACAGUAUGGUCUGUCUUUGUUGCCAUUCUCCAGUUAUCAGAACACAAGUCCUCUGAUCUUGACAAAACCACAUUCCUCAGUCUUUGCCAGUUUGAUUGCUGUCAAUUUUGUCCUUUGCCACCAACACAAGCCCUCCUUUUAGCUCUUGCAGUACCGCUUCUUAUAGAAUCAUAGAAUAGUUUGGGUUGGCAGGGACCUUUAAAGGUCAUCUAGUCUACCCCUCCUGCAAUGAGUGGGGCCAUCUGCAACUAGAUCAGGUUGCUCAGAGCCAUAUCCAAUCUAAUCUUGAAUGUUUCCAGGGAUAUGGCACCAACUACGUCUCUGGGCAACCUGUUCCAGUGUUUCACCUCCCUUAUUGCGAAAAGUUUCCCCCUUACAUCUAGUCUGAAUCUCCCCUCUAGUUUAACACCAUUAUCACUUGUCCUGUUGCAACGGGCCCUGCCAAAAACUUCAUCUCUAUCUUUCUUGUAAGUCCCCUUUAAAGUACUGAAAGGCUGCAACAAGCCUUCUCUUCUCUAGGUUGAACAACCCCAGCUCUUUCAGCUUGUCCUCAUAACAGAGGUGUUCCAUUCCUCUGAUUAUCUUUGUGGGCCUCCUCUGGCCCCUGUGCAACAGCUCCAUGUCUUUUCUCUACUGAGGGCUCCACAGCUGGACACAGCUCACUGGAGCUGAGUAGAGGGGCAGAAUCAUCUCCCUCAAUCUGCUGGUCAUACUUCGAUGCAUCCCAGGAUACGGGUGACUUUCACAGCUGUGAUCACAUAUUGGCAGCUCAUGUGCAGCUUUUUAUCCAUCAACACCCUCACACCCUUUGUGUGCUACUUUUGCACACAAACUUUAAUUCAGCCCAUACCAGCCUUAGUGCUUCUCUUAUGACUCUCUACUAUUGGAGCAAUCAUGAAGAUAAAGAAAAUUAAGGUUUCUUUCACUUCACAUAUAUAGCCAGGCAAUUUCAGCUGCAGAAUAAGUUGAACUUAUUAACUUGCCUGUCUCUUACCACGAGCUCAGCCUCAGUCACCUGGAAGUUACUUUGGGAUAGCAUUUAGAGUUAGUAGAAAGAAGCUAGUAAAUAGAAAUCUGAAAAAUAUGAAAAAUUAUAAAAGAGAGUCUUUCUGACUCUUUCUUUUUUACUGGGAUUUAGGCUAGUGGAAUUCUAUGUCGUUGUAAUCAAUACCACCCAAAUCCUUUAUUUUGUUCAGUGCGCUUGGUUUUGAUAAGAAAUAUUUUUCAGUGUCUCUAAUCCUCAAAUCAGGCAGAAAACAAUGUGCUGAACUUUAUUUUAACAAAGAAUGAACAAAAGGGAAAAAGAAGACUGUACUCUGUCUUAAAGAUUUUUAAAUGUAACUUUUUAUUCCAACCUUAGUAUUGAAAUAAGGUGGGUUUUGUUUGUUUGUUUUUGUUUGUUUUUUAAUGGGAACCAAGCCAUAUCUGUCACUGAAAGCUUUUAAGGACAGAGUAGACAAACUUCAUCAAGUGCGACAAAGCUGAUCCUGCACUGCAACAGAAAGACUAAAUGACUUUCUGAGAUCCUUUCCAGACCUGUUUUUUAUUGUUUUGUUAGCAUCAUGUAUAAGUCACAACUAAAGGAUGCUGAAAUUUCCAUAAGGUCAGGAAACCGUAUACAUACAUACACACAUACAUAGUAGUGUUUGUAUGUAUAUACAUAUAUAUAUGUAAACACAGUUUGUUAGUGGAAAAGCUCUCAAGUUGGUGUUUAAAAAGAGAUAUAGAAGCAAAAGCUCUUUCUUGUAUUAUGCUUUUCAAUAAAUAUAAGGCUCAACAAAAAUGAAUCUAGAAGGUUCUAUUAAAACAAGACAUUCUUUAUUUUGUAUAUGGUGGAAUUUUAAUAUGAAUUUAUAAAAUUUGCAGGUUUGAGAACAUAGGGUUUAUUUGAUUUUUGGAGUAGUUAUGAAGUGUAAUGAUAAAAACAGUUAUGUUAUAUCUAUGCAGAGAUGGAUUAUCUGGUAGAGCGGGUUAGGGCCAAUUCAACAUGUACUUAGAAGGUAAGGUCAUGAAUAGUCACUGCCUACAUUGUAUGAUUUUAUGAUUUUGUGCCAGUUUUUCUUGUGCCUUUCAUGUGAUCUUUUGUGUUUUCUUGUGUCUAACCUUUCAUUUACUUUCCACAAAUCUGCCGUAUCCACUGCUUUUCUAUCUGCUUUUUGUUUCAGAGCUCAGCUGCUGCCCCAGGAGGCAGCUGCACUGGACUGCCAGAUGUAACCACUGCUUCUAUCUAUCUUCCCACCUGGAUUGGAGGGAGAGCAUAAACACUGCAUUGGAAGGACUUUUGUAGGUGAUGAUAUUUCUGUUUCAAGCACAUGCCGAUCACUGUGAAACAUAUCCCCAGUGCCAUGUCUGCGCAAGCAGUUCCUGCCAUCCUCCCACUGCUGCCUAUUCAUCUGGACCUCAGAUUUCACAGGCUCAUUUCAGCAAACACAUCUGAAAGUGACAAUGAUGAAGUUGAUGGCAACAAUAUAUGUGGUUUCAGAAAGAAAAAGGGAGUCAAAGGUCCUGUAAAGUAUGUUCCUCCUUUAGAAAAUGAAAGGAUGGAGCUGUCCUGCACCUCAGAAAUCCCAGACCCUUGUCCCCUACAGGGAAUUACUGGUUGCUCAGAACCACCAUCAGACCAGCCUCUUCAAAACCCAACUAGCUUUCCUCCAGCGCAAAAGGACAGAGGGGGUUGUGACAGUUUCCAUACUGGCAGCAACAUUAAAGAAGACACGUCUGGAGAAACACAAGAAAGCCAGGAAAAUGCUGACAUGAGGAAAAGAAUAAUAGGAAAAGUGAAUAAGGAAAUAGAUACACCAGCUAAAAUGGAGCAACUCAUGGGCAUACAGCCUGCGAAGAAUGCAGAGAAAGCUGGGUCUGUAGAGGCAGUGUGCCAGGGAGAAGGCAGUGAAGAGGUAAAGAGCAAGCAAGAAGAAUGGUGUGUGAUGGAAGAAAAAGAUGUCAGGUUUCACGGGAUGAAGAUGAGCUCCCUGAGCAGUACUGUAACCACACAGGGAAGCAGUACUGCACAGUCCUUCACUGGGGCACCUGACAUUUCUAAACGAAGUCUGAAAGAGUUGAAAAACCUGCUGAGUGAAGGUCCUCUGCCUGCUCGUGGGCCCAAUUACAGUGGCAAGGCAAGCAUUGGUUUUUCUCAGAAAAAUUUGAAGCUUUGGGAGAAAACAGCUGACAAGCGGGGUCGACCCUUUGAGACUUUUAGUCCGCAUUUUGGAGAGGAGAAUCGAAAGCACCACAUCUUCCAUGAGGAAGGGAUGGGGCAGCAGAGCAAACCUUUCUUGAUCUUCAGCUCUGCUGGGUCUGAUCAGCAGCAACCAGACGGGAGUGACGUGGGUCAACUUCUUCUGGGACUACCAGCAGCUUCUACACAUGCAGAAAGCACAGAUGCUGAGAUUCAGUUUGACUCCUCUGCACACUAUGCUGUGUCCAGCAGAGAGCCUGAUGUAAACAACCUUGGAAGUCCAACUCUCCUUCGCCUGUUCUCUCAUAUUGAAUUUAUUAAGCAGCAGAUGGCCAGGGACAAUGUACAGUUCGUCAGAUUUGAAUCAAUAGAUCUCCAUGGUGUGUCAAGAUCAAAGAACAUUCCUUCUCGAUUUUUUCAUGAGAAAGCAAUUCAUGGUGUUGCCAUGCCCAGAAGUUAUCUUGAGCUGACGCUGAAUCCUAAUGAUAAUGAAUCAGAUUACAUAAAUGCAACCAAUUUUAAUUGCGACAUAAUCCUGAACCCUGAUUUAUCAACAUUUCGAAUACUUCCCUGGACUGAGCAGACUGCAAGAGUGAUAUGUGAUUCCUUCACUGUGCUGGGCAACCCACUAAUGACCUCUCCGAGGCACAUCGCCAAGAGGCAGCUGAGCCAGCUUCAGGACAAUGGCUUUUCUCUGCACUCUGCCUUCACUUAUGAAUUUUGUAUUUAUGGCAUUACUGAGGUUGUAAAUUCAAAGACAAUAUCCUUUGCUGCAGCCACGAUACUAAAUAAUCAUGACCAGACUUUCAUUCAGGAGCUCAUUGAAGGAAUGUAUUAUGCUGGUGCCAACAUUGAAAGCUUUUCUUCUUCCAAUGGGCCUGGACAAAUGGAGAUCACUUUUCAUCCAGCAUUUGGCAUAGAUGCUGCUGACAGUGCCUUCACAUUUAGAACAGGCAUUAAAGAGGUAGCUAAGAAGUAUAGCUACGUGGCUAGUUUUUUCUCAGAAUCAGGAUUCUAUAAUUCAGGGGCUCUGUCACAUAGCCUGUGGGAUUUGAAUGGCCAGAAGAAUUUGUUUUCUGCUGGUUAUGGAGUUGAGGAGCUCUCAGAUAUUGGAAAAAAUUGGUUAUCGGGUCUCUUGGCACACACAGCGGCUAUCAGCUGCUUGAUGGCUCCUACCACCAGCUGCCGUAAGCCUUAUUCUAAAUACAGUAAAGAAUCAAGAGAGACUGUAAAUGCAAAGUGGGCAUAUAAUGAUAACAGCUGUGCCUUUAAUGUCAAAUGUCAUGGUGGAAAAGGCACUCAAAUAGACAAUAAAUUAAGUUCUGCUACAGCAAACCCCUACCUGGUGCUUGCUGCUACUAUUGCUGCAGGUCUAGAUGGAAUAAAGAGAGGACUUAGGUAUGAUGAUAUGCUCCAAGAAGAAAAUCACACUGCUGAUCUGAAACAUUCAACAGUCCCUCUGAAACUAGAAGAUGCUCUUGUUGCACUCGAGAAAGAUUCGUGCAUUAAGGAGGCAUUAGGUGAAACUUUCAUCCAGUACUUUGUUGCCAUGAAACAUUAUGAGUUAGAAACAGAAGAAAUGGAUAGUGAAAGGAAUAAAUGCCUGGGCUAUUUUAUUUAGAAAUAGCACUCUUCUAUAGAGAUGCUGUGUACAUACAUACAGUGAAUGGCUAAGAAUCUUGAAAUUAGUAAAUAUAUUUGAAAAUGUUUUAAUGGUUUGGAAUUAUUUUUUCCUCUUUUGUAUAGUACAUGGUGAUUGAAUUUUACUGUCUGUGUACGUUCUGGACAGUGCAAAACUGAUAUUAAUGAAAACCAGUCUUUUAAAA